GUCUCCAGAACUGCCGCAAUUUUCCCAGUUUGUUUUGCUACGGGGAUUGCAACGAAGUAUGGAGUACUGACUGUACUGAGUACUGAGUGGGGUUGGGUUGUAAUACGGCAUUAACGUCAUGUGUGAUAGAUACGUCUUUGUCACUUGCCACUGAAUACGUUGAAACGACGAGAUUAGAAUCAGGAGUUGAGCGUGGCGAGAUAGACGUUGAUCCGCAAAAUACACCAUGAGCGUGAAGCCGAUCAAAGCCCUGUACCUGGCGACCAACUUGGACGCCCUGGAAGGUAACAUUUACAAGAAAAUGGAAGGCUUUCAAUCCCCGUCCGUCUCCGCAAAGAAGUGUUGCGGGCACGCCGAUACGCUGUUUAUCGCCGCGGGCGAGGCUAUGCGCAGCGGGGAUGAAGAAAGGGCGUACGUGCUGUACAUGAAAUACAUGGAGAUGUUAAAGAUUGUGAGAAGAAAGCCCGAGUACAAGAAGGACGAGAAAUUUUUCGACAGCCUAAUCGGGCUGAAGAAAUUCGAACAAGCGCUUUCUGCGUGCGAGCGUUUACAAACAGCGCUCAAGAAACGGUAUACACUCAAAAUGGAAGAGGAGGAGGCUUUAAAACUGAUUGAAAAGCAGGAAAAACAGGAAAAGGCCGAAAAGGCGGAAAAGUCUAAGAGAACAAGCGGCGCCUCGUCCUUCGCGAAACCUGGUAGUCACAGCGAGGCCACGUCCAAACGGCCUUCCAAACAGGCGUCCGACUCUGCGGACAGCGAUGACUCACGCGCCAUCUCGUGCAUGGCGCUGAAUUCGCUGCUGAAGCAGGAGAGCUCCUCGUUCCUCAUCGUGGACGUGCGACCGGCGGCCGACUUCAGUGCGUCACGGCUAGCCAGUCGGUUCGUGGUGAACGUGCCGGCCGAGCUGGUGAGGCCGGGCGUGACGGCGCCGGCGCUGGAGGCACAGCUGCCCGAGCCCAGCCGCCAGCUGUUCGCGCGCCGCCGCACCGUCGACCGGCUGGUGCUCAUCGACUGGACGGGCCGCGACGAGGCGGACGCGUCGCUGGUCACGCUGCGCGACGCCAUGGUCAAGUGGGACGUGGCGGCGUACCGGGCGCGGCCGGAGGCACUCGUCGGCGGCUACCAGAUGUGGCUGCACACCUACCCCAUGCUGACGACCAAUCCGCAGGCGCGGGCGCCGACGGCCGAUGUGGGGCCGGCCGGCGUGCCGCUGAGCUUCCAGUACCCGAGCCUGGACGAGCCGUCGCCGCCGCAGGUGGACCGCACGACGCGGCUGGCACGGCCGGGUGUGCCGUCACGCGCGCUGAAGCCGCAGCUGACAGACGAGGCGGCUGCCCGCCAGCGCAUCGAGCUAAGCAGGAGCCGGCUGGAGGCCGAGCAGGACUGGCAGGCGGUGCGACGCUCGCGGGAGCAGCAGCUCGAGACCGAGAUGCGCUCUCAGCUGCAGCAGAAGGAGGAGAUACUGCUGGACGAGAUCCAGCGACUGGAGCGCGAGCAGGACGCCUGGGAGGGCCAGCAGGCAGACCUCAGGGCCGAGAAUGAGGCGCUCCGGCUGCGUCUGGCCGCGUUCGAGCCGGCCGCGACCGUCGCGACGCCCACCGGCGGCGCCGAGAAGCACGACUCGGAGAAGCGUCUGCUCGAGCUGCAGGCGGAGCAGGAGAGGAUCAGCGAACAGCUCGAAGCUGCUAGGCACCGCCGUGAGCAGGAACAGGAGCAGGAGCGCGAGCGGGGCCGGCGACGGGCCGAGCAGCAGGAGAAGGAGCGGCUCCAGGCGCUGGAUGAGGCGCGCCGGGCGGCGGAGGAUGAGGCUCAGAGGAAGCGAGCGGCGGAAGAGGCUCAGAGGAAGCGGGCGGCUGAGGAGGACGCGCGUCUUAGGAAAGCAGCGGAGGAGAAAGAGGCAGCGGCGGCCGAAGAGCGGCGGCGGCGGCGCGCCGAGGAGGAGCAGCGCCGGCUAGAGGAGCAGGAGCGCCGACUGGAGGAGCAGGAGCGCCGUCAGGACCAGGUAUACCGGACGCGCCUCAAGGAGGACGGCGGCAGCGGCGGCGGCAGCGGCCUGAAGCGGUCACACUCCUCGCCGUUCAUCGCUGGCCUGGGUCAGGAACAGGCGGCCGCCCCCUCGCCCAGCUUCAGCCGGGACACGAAGCCGCUGUCGCGCGGCCGACGGGUCGGCGACGUCCAGGCGGCGCGCACGCGCCGGUUCGCGCCCGCCUUCGGCCAUGUCGGCCCCGCGCUCACCGGCCUCAAGAACCUGGGCAACACGUGCUACAUGAACGCCGUCGUGCAGUGCAUCAACAACACGCCCAGUCUCAACGAGUUCUUCGUGCGCGAGGCCUACCAGGACUACAUGAACUACGACAGCGAGCUGUCCAAGGGCGAGGCGGCCCAGGAGCUGGCCGCUGUGGUGAAGGUGCUCUGGAGCGGCCACUAUAGGUCGGUGGCGCUGUACGACCUGAAGGACGUGAUGGGCCGGCACCACCCGCGCUUCCGAGGGACCGCACAACAGGACGCGCAUGAGUUCCUCAUGUACCUGCUCGAGUUCCUGCACGAGGACCUCAACGAAGUCCGCAAGAAGCGGCCUCUGAAGGAGCAGGAGAAUGACGGCGUGCCGGAUCCGCGCGCCGCCGAGGUGGCCUGGGACGACUUCCUCAACAACAACAGGUCGUACGUGAUGAACCUGUUUUGGGGCCAGCACAAGUCGACAUUGCGCUGCUCUCGCUGCGGCAACCAGUCGGUCAAGUUCGAGACGUUCUCGCACCUCUCCGUGCCCAUGCCGUCCAGGUCGGGCAAGUGCUCGCUACAAGAGUGCAUCAGGCUGUACAUGGCCGGCGACACCAUCAGUGGCUGGACCUGCCCCAAGUGCAAAAGCAGCAUCGAGGCCACUAAGACGUUGUACAUCUGGCGCCUGCCGCCCAUCCUCAUCAUCCAUGUACAGAGGUUCUAUAAUGAUGGACUGUGGCGCAAAAAGCAGUCAAACGUCGACUUUCCCCUGGAAAAUCUGGACAUGGCCCCCUACGUCAUCAACAAAGAAGCGCGCUACCGCCACCACAGGUACCACCUGUACGGCGUGGUGAACCACUACGGCAGCAUGGAGAGCGGCCACUACACGGCCUACUGCCGCAGCAUCACGACCGGCCGCUGGCACAAGUUCGACGACCACGAGGUCUAUCAGAUGAGCAACGGCACCGUCCAGACGUCGGCCGGCUACAUCCUCUUCUACUCGGGCAUCGACGGCAAGAUGUAGGCCAGAUGCACUAGGAACUAAGAAAUUCCCUCACCAUCUCGGCGAAUCACGUAGGAGACGCACCGCAACUCUGACCAAGCAGCCCGAGCACCGCGAGGUUGUCUCCUCCGCGGCUGGCGGCAGUUCAUCGCGUCACCGACAGAUGUCUCUGACGCCGCCCGUGCAAUACCCGCCGGCGACCAGGACGGGCCUCUGCUGCGGUACCGCCCGAUCUGCGGUACUGCGGAACUGCUGCGGUACCGCCCGACGAUCCCCUCUCCGGCCUCGGCUGCGCCUCUGGACGUUUUCCCGUCGUGCAGCACCCUUCAGUCACGGCCAACCGGCCCUGUGCAUGCACGUACUCGCGCACCGCCCGAGCCGGCUAGCUAGUAACAGCCUGUCUACGGGAGUGGAGCAGCGCCUCCGCCGUCUUUGCACCGGAGGGCAGCCAGCGCCGCCGGGCGGGCCCAAGUCGGCGGUGAGC